GCUUCCUGCCAUAUUGUGAUCUCACGCAAGCUCCCUGUGAUCGUUUCCGAAACAGCAAAGCAAGGGUAUAACGUUACGCACCGCGGUGUUGAUACUAAUCUAAAACUCUCAGUAUAUUAACACUACUUUAGUUAAUUUGUCGGUGUAACAUUCAUAUUUUACACUGUAAGUAGGAGCUAUUGCACUGGCGGUGUCUUCAUGUUGCGCUUAGCUCAGCCACCUUUCCACACAGCGAGCGAAUUCGAUGUAACGUUACGUGCAUUAUGCUAUUCCAGCAGCUGGCCAUUACUCUUCUGAUGCACAUAGGCAGUAGCUCUUUACUGAUGGGGUCCUGAUAUUUAUGGACAGGCUUUCUGAAUAGAUAGCUCCAUCCUAUACCUUCUCCUUUCCCUGAGCCAGACGAGCGCAGCAAGAGGUGCCAUGCGGGUGAGUUUCUGCCAGGGCCUUCUGACUGGAGCCAUCGCUCUGAACCUGCUCAUCCUCUACUAUGUGUCCCAAGCCCAGCAGCAGAUGAUGGAGAAACGCCGGGACCCAGGAAGCGGCUCCAGGAAGGCUGCCUUACCUGCUUCCGGGCUGGAGGGCGGCAUGGGGGGCCUGGUAGGGGUUGGCGCGGGGAUGGUUGGCGCUGGAGGUGUCGGGGGAGAGGGGAACAGCCGCGGCCCUCGUGUGACUAUCCUCCUACGGGAGUUUGAGGACUUUGAGAACUACGUCGGUGAUGUUGCACGCUCCUUCCAGCACCAGAGACCUGAGCUGCCCUUCCUGGCUGUGUCUGACACCCCGCCCUACCCCCCUCUGUCUCUCCCCGAGGGGGCCCGUCUCCUGGUGCUCUCCCCCAGCCCCGAGCAGCCUCCGCAGGCCCACCGGCCAGAGUUCCACGUCCAGACAGAGUUUGUGCUGCUUGUGCCUGACGGGGUGGAGCUGGAGCAGGGCCGGGCUGUGGAGAGGCUGAUCCGGGAGCUGGAGGGGGAGGGUGCGGGGCCCGUGAGGCUGGUGGCUUCCCCAGUGUUGGCACGCUCGGCCGUCCAGUGCCUGCACCUGCGGGUCAGUCUGAGAGAGUGGACGGCCACCUACUCCACAGCGGCGUCUGGGAGCAGUGGUAGCGUGUGUACAGCCCUUCAGGGGGACGCAGUGGUCCUCAUCCGCUCUGAGGACCUCUUCAACCUGUCUGUCCCACUGGGGAGGCCCCUGCUGCCCUCGCUCUUCAUCCAGACGUCCCUGCAUGGCUGGAAGGUCAAGCUUCUGGAGAGCCCCUGCUUCUCCCCCAGCCACCGGCCUCUCUUUAGCUCAGCCCACAACCAGUGGAAGGCAGACAGCCAUCUGAAGGAGGCCACUAGCCAGCUGAUGAGGAACUUUGGGCUGAAGCGUCUCCUACUGGCUGAUGGGAAGGAGCAGUGGCAUGGUUGUGGGAAGGAGACUGAGCGUUGCUUCGGUACGGUCCGGGAUGACACCCCUGAGUACCUGUACCUGGAGCGCUGGACACCUCCCUGCUGCCUGCGCGCCCUCCGCGAGACCACCAAGUAUGUGAUCAACAUCCUGGAGAGCUUCGGGGUGCGCUACUGGCUGGAAGGAGGCUCCCUGCUGGGGGCGGCCCGCCACCAGGACAUCAUCCCCUGGGACUAUGAUGUGGACCUGGGCAUCUACCUGGAGGACGUGCCUAACUGUGACUACCUGAAGAACCUGGACUCUGGUUCUCUGGUGGACGCUAACGGCUAUGUGUGGGAGCGGGCAGUGGAGGGGGACUUCUAUAGGGUGCAAUACAGUGAGGCUAACCACCUCCACGUGGACCUGUGGCCCUUCUACCCGCGGAAUGGCAUCAUGACCAAAGACACGUGGAUGGAGCACAAACAGGAUGUGGAGUUCCCCGAGCAUUUCCUGCAGCCGCUGGUGCCAAUGCCGUUCGCCGGCGUCACCGCCUACGGCCCGAACAACCACCGCGCCUUCCUUGAGCUCAAGUUUGGGGAGGGGGUCAUCGAGAACCCCCAGUACCCCAACCCUACCAAGAAGAGGCUGGAUAGGAGCCGGCUGUGAGGGAGGGGUGUGGCUGGGACCUUUGGAGUUUUCAUGUGGCCCAC